AUGGCCAACAAUCUAGAACGUGUAGGCUUCGUGGCCCAUGGAGGCAAAGUCCAGGGUGUUGGAUUUCGAUACUUCACCAGAGAACGCGCUCAGGAAUAUGGCAUCACAGGGUGGUGUAGAAACACCACGGACAACAAGGUGGAAGGUGAAGCUCAGGGCCAGAGGGACACACUCGACAAGUUGCUGAAAGACAUCGACCAAGGUCCGCGCGGUGCCAAGGUUGUUGAUGUGACGACGGAGAGGAAGGAUGUCAUUGAGGGAGAAUCUGUCUUUGAAGUCCGCCGCUGA